GCGCGCGCGCUUACACAUUUCUUUCUUCGAUAUAUUGAUUUCAUUACAAUCUGCAAUCACUGCUGGUGCAGUCCUCGUAACGGCCUAGUCACUAACCGUCGUACAAUUAGAGUUUCACAAUGCAAUUCAUGAGUAUAAGAAAAUCUGCCUGUCAAUAACAUUUUACCGCGAUAAGACUUUUUUUGAUUAACCACAUUCAGGCUAUGAGUAACUGCAGCCGAUUAAUCGACGGGUACACAAUGCUGCGGAAUAAUCUCUUGUCGGCAGUGAACUCGUAGCGAGAGAGCUUCCCGGAGUCACUUCUCUUUGUCCGUCUUUGCGCUGGUUUAAUUCAAUGUUGUUUAUUUAAGUCUAUUGUUCGCUAUAUCAUCGUCAGUUAUAGAAUCGAGUGAAAUGGGAAAUUUAUAGGAUUAAUAUUAAAUCUGACUUAUACGUAGCGCUCUUCAAAAUGUCUGAGAAGGAGACGACGGCUCUUAUCGAAAACAAAAUCCCGGGGGGUUCUGGAAAGAAAAGCUUCCUGUCGAACAUCACAGUCGAACCGGCUCUGGCGCUGACUGCUUUCGGCUACGGGUUGGCGCUGAUCUUCACCACCAACCUGAUGAUCGAUAAAAUUUGUUCCCUCCAGUUCGGAUACAGCGACGAGGUCUGCGCUCAGCUCGACUCAGGGAGGUACACGCAGCAGCAAGACAAUGUGCAGCGAGUGGCCAACCUGUACAACGUGUACAAGCAGGUCAUCGAAUACAUUCCCGCCCUGUUCGCUGUGAUGCUCCUGGGGGCGUGGAGCGACCGCCGCGGCCGACGCCUGCCGGUCAUCCUUCCUAUAGUGGGGCAGCUCCUCAUGGGCAUUGGCCUGACGGCGAACUCCUACUGGAUGUCCCUCUCGCCGCCCUUCAUCCUCCUGUCCUUCGUGCCGGUGGGCUGCACAGGUGCUCUCACGGGCAUGUUCCUAGGUGCCUUCGCCUACGUCAGUGUCUCGUCGGGCCGGAAGUCGCGGACGUCUCGCGUGUCCAUCGUGGGCGUCAUCAUGCUGCUGGGUCUGCCGCUGGGUCAGGGCGUCGCCACCUACCUCUUCCGGCUCGGAGGCUACGUCCUGGUGUUCGGUCUCCAGACGGGCUUGUCUGCCGUCAGCGUCAUCUACCUGCUCCUGCGGCUUGAGAAUCGCCCCGACGGCAGCGACGCCCCUGAGGCCGAGGGAAGCGUAUGCGAGGUCCUCUCUCCUGCCAACCUGAAGGAGACGCUGAUGGUUGUGUUCAGGUCCCGCGAAGGAAAGGCCCGCGGUCACAUCAUUGGGAACAUCAUCAUUUGCUCUUUAGUCCUCUUCACGUACGGGUUGUACAGUUACGACUUCAUCUUCACUCGCAAGAAGUUCUCUUGGGACAUCAAUACCUUCACCAUCUGGUCCAUUGUCGACACCCCUUUAUCAGCCAUAGGCAUUCUUGUGGUUAUGCCUUUGCUCAGCUAUCGGUUCGGGGUUACGGACGGCACCCUUGGAUUUGUGGGCGGAGUUUCCAUGAUCUUCACCUACGUCAUUAGAGCAACUGCACCUGUCUCCUGGGUGUUCUACGUCGCAUCCAUCGUAGGCCUACCCCGCAGCAUGCCCUCCUUGGCCGCUCGUUCUGCCGCCUCUAAAUUAGUCAAGAACAGCGAGCAAGGAGCCGUUUUUGCUGUCUUGGCCGCCGCUGAGACCAUCAUCCCGGUCGUGUGUUCGUCGGUGUACACUUUGCUUUAUAAUGCCACGCUUGAGGUCUUCCCCGGCGCCAUCUACGUGUUCACUGCCGGCGUUAGUCUCAUUAUUUGUUGCAUCAAUGUAAAAAUCGGCUGGUGGACUGUCGGCACCAGAUCCCUCAAUCCUGGGGCUCAUCUAGGUAGCAGCUGCAAUCAGGUUUAUAUGAUGAAUGGCAUCCUAGAGAAAUUGACCAACUCCAGACAUAUUAAUGUCUGUGACGUAGAUGGUACCCGGAAAUGUCUCCAGCGUGGCGUUAUAUAUGUAGGUGUACACAAAGGAGGACAGAACAGGGAUAACAGCCUCUGCAGCGGCGAGAACAGCGAAUACAGCGCCCAGUUCGGUAAUUUCCACCAACUUGGACACAGCAGCUCGGGAAGCAACCAAGACGGUAAAAAACCCAGGAUACCGGUGCGGUGGCCCUCAGCACAGGAGAGUGGCGUGCUCACAAUAGACCACAAAUCAAAAAUAAUGAAAAUGAAGAGUAAAGACUCGCUUACCGAAAUUGAACACCAGUACGCAGCAGAUAGAAAUAUGCACAAGGAUAUGGGUCCGAGCGCGUCCCUCGCGAGGUCGCCACACCGCCAGCAACGUGCCUUUCAAGUGGGCGGGGGACAGGGCCUCACACACGCCUGCCUUGCUCGAAGUCUCGGCCCUGGCGCCUUCAGGGUGUUCCUCGAGGCGCACCAGGACGUAGAGGACACAGAGGAAGUCAGCAUCGUCAUGGCUCCGAAAACAGCAACGCACGAGAAUGGGCAGUCGGCGGCCGCGUCGGUCACUCCACGCCCCAAGGAGCAGCACCACCACGAGGGCCGGCAGGUAUUCCACGAUGUGCCUGUACACGUUGUACUGAUUCACCAGGCGCUGCACCGUGUCCUGCUGUUGCGUGUACAUUCCGGAGUCCAGCUUGGCGCACACGUCUUCGCCGAAGCCAUAGUGGAUGAGGCAGGUCUUGUCCACCCACAGGUUGGUCAUGAAAACCGAUUCAAGGCCAAAGCCAAGGGCGUACAAGGCCAGAGCUGGCUCGACGGUUACGUGCGAGAGGAAGCUUUUUGUUCUGAGGAAGCAGUUGCCGCAGCUACCCUCAACAAUGAAAACCGAAACGAGGGUUGUGGAGAAACGAAGGCGUCAAUACACGGGUACCUCAGUUGUUACGUUCAGUUGUCGGAUAGCCUUCAAGUGUUUCGUAUCUCCGAUCGACUAAAGGAAAUCCAGAUGCAGUACCAAAGAAAUUUAUUCAAAAUGGCACCUCCAAGACCCGAAGAGAAGACCCCACUGCUGAAGGAAUCAACUACAUACAAAACUUUAGACGACAUCGGGAAAGGACCUCAGACCAAACACACAUCAUGCGGCGCCAAAUUCAAACGAUUCUUGUCGAAUGUUACAGUCGAACCAGCGUUACUUUUGCACUCCCUGUCCUACUCGGUGGAGGGCGUGUUCAAGACCAAUAUGGUCGUGGACAAGACUUGUUCCAUCGAGUUGCAGUACAGUGACGACGUAUGCACCAACCUGGACACCGGGAACUACGAAGCACAGCAAGACACCGUUCAGGAGAUCACCAAUAAGUACAACAUGUACAGCGAGUGGAUAGAGAUGGGACCUGCCGUUUUCGUGCUCGUCUUCCUGGGAAUGUGGAGCGACAGACGCAGCCGCCGCCUGCCUCUGCUCCUGCCGAUGUUGGGGUCGACCCUGAAGGCUUUGGGUCUUAUGGCCAAUGCAUACUUCUGGUCCCUCCAGCCCUACUUCAUCCUGCUCUCCUACAUCCCUUACGGCUUGACAGGCAGCAUGAUGGGCGCCUACAUGGCCGCGUACGCAUACAUCGGCGACACGUCCGGCGCUCGUUCGAGGACGACGCGUCUAUCCUACGCUGGCAUCACGAUGUUCGCCAGCUCCCCCGUCGGCCACAUCCUCGGGACGCUGCUUUACCGGUAUGGCGGCUACACGCUUGUCUUCGGGGUGGAGUUCGUCGUCUCGGCUCUUUCCGCUGUCUACGUCGUACUGCGGUUCGACGACAAACCGCCGCCGGGCGCGAUGGAGGGCGGGGAGAAGAGAAUUUUCUCGCUGGACACCAUCAAGUCGACGUGGCGGGUCGUGUUCAAGGAGCGGGAGGGCCGGGGGCGUCCGCAGAUCCUGGGCCACAUCGCUUGUAUCUGCCUUUAUGUCAUGUCUUAUGGUGGAAUGUCUUUCCUGUUUCUUUACACCCGCAAGAAGUUUCAAUGGGAUUACUUCGACUACACUGUCUAUAGCAUGUUCACUACUCCAGUUUCCGUCCUGAGCACCUGCAUUGUGUUGCCAUUCCUGAGCUACCGAUUGAGAAUAGAGGAUGGUAUGAUAGCUUUUAUCUCCAGCUGCUCGCAUAUCUUUUACGGCGUCAUGUUGGGCACAGCUCCUGCCGGCUGGGUGCUGUAUCUAACCGUGGCGGUGACCAACAUAUUCUCCUUCGCGGUUUCGUGUUCCCGCGGCGCCCUGUCCAAGCUGGUGGCGCCGGACGAACUGGGCGCCGUUUUCUCCGUCAUCGGGAUGGGCGAGUCCCUCCUCCCCGUCCUGACCUCGCCCCUUAACACCGUCAUCUACAAUAGCACUCUCGAGGUCUUCCCUGGCAUGGUGUUCGUCGUACAGGCGGGCGUCUCCGUAGUCAUCGCUGUUAUCUAUGUGUGGCUGUUGACCAGUUUCGAAAACCCGAAGGACAAGGAACUGACGGUAUGAAUCGUAACACCGUCGUCAUACAGGGUGCCUUGUUAUCUAGGAUUAAUAAUACAUAGUGUCCAAAACAGUGAUGAUCCACUCAAAAGCGAAAUAGUAAUAAUAAUAAUGAUAAUAACAACAACAAUAAUGAUAAUAACAAUAACAACAAAAAAUAAAAUGUGUUUGUGUCUUUGAGCGUGUGUGUGUACGUGUGUGGGUGCACGUGUGAAAGGAAAGACCAGGUCUACUAAUCUCAUUCGUAUAAUUGAUAUUCUCCACUUAAUAUUUAUGCAUAACAAAGUUAUGCCAUGUGCCGUGUAGUUCUCGUUACAAGGCCUAGCCACUACUUAAGUAAAUAUAUAUGUAUGCAUAAGUUUAUUAAUAAAAACCGAUAUACAGA